GUCGCCGCUCCCGUGGUCUGUAAAAUUUUGCACUCGACUGUGCAUGUGCACGUUAUGGCUCCUCCUCGCAAAAUACGAACCGCUGCAGAAGAAGCGGAACGUAGAGCUAUCCGCGCCGCUAAAGCCAGGCAACGUCGGGCUGAGCAGAGAGCAGCGCAAACCGCAGCUGGCCGUCGACGCCAGGAAUACAAUGCAGUUCGUUCUCGUGAAAACGACGCAAAGAUACUUCGCCGCGAAGACCCUCUAGUGCGUGCAGCAAAAAAUGAGGCCCGGAAGCUUCGCCGCGCAGACCCUCACGUGCGAGCAGUCGAAAAUGAGGCCCGGAAGCUUCGCCGCAGCGAACCCGAGGUGCGGGCGUGGGAGAACCUGUCGAGGCAACUGCGCCGCCAAGACCCUUACGUGCGAGCAGCCGAAAAUGAGGCCCGGAAUCUUCGCCGCGGAGAUCCCGGGGUUCAGGCAUGGGAGAAAUUGUCGAGGCAACUUCGCAGAGAAAACUUGGCGAUGCUUCGUCGAGAAGACCAACAGGUGCGUGCUGCCGAAAGCGUUGCCCGACACCCUCGGCGACAAGAACCCGCGUUUCACAUUGGCUCCUGGGAAUCAUCAGAAACACUCCCAUGUUCAUCAAAAAGCAGCUGUCCAAGCACAGACUCGAGAGAUGCAACUACGACCGAUAGUGAGCAGCAUGCAGCCUCUGUGAUGGAGCGUCACUGUCCGGUCAGUGCUGCUCGAACGGGGCAAGCCACACAAAAGGACACCGAGGCAGUUGCCACAUCUACGUUGUGCUCCGUUGCAGUAGAGUCUGCAUGCACGGAGGCCAGCGUAGAAAAUACGUCAGCAGUCGAGCAGACUGCACCCAAUGCUGCGUCGCAUGCGGAGGAGAAAGGACCCACAAACGCGAUGAGCCUAGGUGACCUCAUCAUGGCUGCCAAAGCGGCAUGCCAUGCCCCUCCCAAGGUCGACGGUCAGGUCAAGGUUGCUGUGCAGUGCAGCUUGCCUGUGGCUGACAAGUCUGUCGGCUGCUCCUUCAUGGCACGGAGCGAGUCGAGGAGCAUGCAGACUACCGAGACUGUGCAUCUGUCAAGGUCUUCCUCAGGUAGGCAGUGA